AACCAAUAGUCUACAACCAUGAAGAAAAUUCAUUACAAUUAGUUAUACGUAACCGCUAGUCGACAACGAUAUUUCAAAUCGAACCGAACCGUUCCUUUUAGAAAUCAACACAAAUUCGGAAUGGAAGAAUACGCACGUGAUCCUUGUCCAUAUCGCAUAGUUGAUGAUUGUGGGGGAGCCUUCUCAAUGGGGGCAAUAGGAGGCAGUGUAUUUCAUUUGAUAAAGGGCUACAGAGAAGCAGCAAAGGGCAAGAAAUUGUAUGGCAGUAUACGAAAUAUGCAAAUGAAGGCACCUAUAACUGGAGGCAAUUUUGCAGUAUGGGGUUGCUGUUUUGCUAUGACAGAAUGUACACUAGUAAAGAUACGAAACAAAGAAGACCCCUGGAACUCUAUUGCCAGUGGUGCCAUCACAGGCGGAGUGUUAGCUGUCAGAAAUGGUGUAGGAGCCUGUCUAGUUUCGGCAGUCAUUGGUGGAGUGCUGCUGGCCAUGAUAGAGGGUGUUGGUAUUUUACUCACGAGAUCAACAGCAGAAAGCUUUAACCCAUCCAACAUGUUAAUGGAAGACCCCUCACAGUUGCCACAGAAACCUCAGGGCGGAGCAGGGACGACCGGAGGCUUUGGAGGAUUUGGAAUGCCUCAGCCCACCUAUCAAUGACAGGGGGACAACUCUAGCAGACCUGGUUCAGAGACUUGAAGUGACUCAUAUGGAGAGCGGCCUCCCCUGAAUAAGGAUAUUUCAUCACAGUUGUUUCAUAACCUCAUGUUUCAUCUCGUAUUUUGUGUACAGCCUUUUCUUUGAGUUGCAAUUUGAAAUGUGAUCUGAAGAUCUGUUUAAAGUCAAAUUGAACUGGUAGAUACAUGUAACAGCUUUUUUGUUGCAUUAUCAUGAAUAAUAUUUAAGUAAUAUGAACAUAACAAUAACGAUUUCCACUGGUCUACCAAAUGGCUGCACAAGCUGGAAAAUUGUGCCAAUAUUGGCUUAAAAUGCUAGAAUGUGACUGAGAAAUUUUAAUUACUUGCUUAUGGCUUUCAGCUGAACACAGGAUGCUGACAAAGUGGCAUUGAUUGGUUCACAUAUUAUUUAAAUGAUUGUGUAGAAGUGAAUUGUUAUAGAUAUCUUUUAUUUUAACACAGAUGGCAUCUUAUUAAUAAUGAAGGUUUCUGCUGUUUACUACUGUGUGACACUACACUGAUUUGCUAGAGUUUUGUUGAAGAUACAUCGCCUAGUUGCAAAUGUUUGCCUUACGGUAGAAUUCCCUCAAGUUGCGACUAGGGAAUAUACUAACAUAUACAUGUGUACAAGUCACAUGUCCAACAGCUUCAUGGUCAGUUAUUUGUUAAAAUGUGUUGUUACAAUGAUCAUGACUGUUAACACGUUAAGAAUGUUUUCUAUAGUUCUUUAAUAACUUAUGUCUUUUGAGAUGUUUUCUUAGUUUCUUUUGAUAGGUUAUGGAUGUUUUUAUUUAUGAAACAAGUUUAUGUCUUAUGACACAAAUUACAAUAGGUGAAAAAAAGAAUUUACUGCAGACCAUUUUUGUGUAGAAAACUCAAUUAAGAUCCAAUCCAUCAAAAAUUAUUCAACACAUUUAAAAGAGCAUCUGAACAUAAAUGUUAUUUCACUGAAAACUAUUUUAUUCACAAGAAAUACUUAAACACUUUCAACAACCAUCACAAUCUGUUACCAUACAUUGAAAUGAAACUAAAUAUAAUUACCAAGUUGUGUUUGAUCAAUCUCAAUGCAGUUUUUUUUAUUUUGGUUUCAAACCUUUUCUUCAAAGUUUGUUUCUUUUAAAAGUAUUUUAGGAGUGUUACUUAAAGCUUUAUUUAAUUGUUUACCUUCAUAAAAAUGUUGAAUUGUACUUAACAAAAAAAGUUAAUUACUUGAUUCGAAAAUCUCGAAGCUUCUAAUGAGAAUCUAUGUGCAGAAUGAGUCACUAUUUUUAUAAAGCAGAUCUGUAACAUAGUGUCCUGAAAGAAGAGUGACAUUUGUGCAGCACUAUGUUUUGUGAUAUUAUAUUGUUGUGGCUGCAUGUGCUAAUAAAUUGUUGAUUUCUAAAGAUUGCUGCAGCCUUUGUUUAACGAACAUUUUACUGAAGCUCUUCAUUAGCUAUUAUGUACAUAAAUUGUGCUGUCUCUUAAAAAUAUAAUAAAAAACAAAUAUUUUCCAUUGAUUCUUAUAAAGCCCUUUUUUCAACAGUUAUAAAUGUUUAAUUUCUAAAUAUAGAAAAAAAUUAAGUAAUAAUUUAUGUGGGUUUAUGUAUUUUGCAAUGUCAAGCAUUUUGAUUUUUGUAAAAUAUUUCAUCCAUGAACGAUUUAUUCGUUGUUGAACAAAAAAAUACUGAAAAAAAUAAAAAUAAAUAAAAUUAUUACAAUUGUUAGCAUUUUCAUUUUUUUGUUGUUGAAUGAUGUAAAUUUGACAAAAUAAAAUAAAUAGAAGUAGA